AUGGGAAGAAUGUCUUUCCAAACCCUGUGGAGGAAGUUUAUUAAAGAAUGUGUUUGCAUGGCUACAACGUCAGUUUUAGUUAAUGGCAGCUCAACAGAUGAGUUCUCUCUCGAAAGGGGCUUAAAACAAGGGGAUCCGUUAUCCCCUUUCCUUUUUCUGUUGGCUGCUGAGGGCUUGCACGUUUUGAUGGAGGCCUUGGUGGAGCGCAACUUGUUUACGGGGUAUAAUUUUGGUGAGCUUAAUCCGAUUUCUAUUUCGCACCUCCAGUUUGCCGAUGAUACAGUCUUGUUAGGGGUUAAAAGUUGGGCUAAUGUCCGUACUAUGCGGGUUGUUCUUGUGUUGUUCGAGACUAUGUCAGGUUUGAAGGUUAAUUUCAACAAAAGCAUUCUGGUCGGGGUUAAUAUCCCUGAUUCCUGA